CACUCCCUCGAAACACACGCGCGAAGCAGCUCGGUUCGUUCUUCGCGUAGGUACAUCCAUUCCAUCAUCCUCAGCUGCCGGGAUAGUGUUUGUUUUUUUUUCCUGCUAUCUGUCUUGUUCCGAGCUUUUCUCGGACAGCAGGUCAUUUAGUCCAGAUCGGCCGACCCAUCCCGUUAUUUUCCGCGAGCGGAAACCACGUAUGGUGCUCUUUUAAAAGUGCCUUGCUUAAAACAUUGGUGUACAACUUCCUCAAAACAUUCCAAAUUAGCUGUGAUAACCUGCAACUGCAACUCGACGGGAAUUUGUGUGCAUUCUUAGAACUUUGUAAGCCAGACACUUAUCAAACAUGCAAUCCGAAAACGAGACUUAUCUUGGAUUAGAUCUCAGCACCCAAAAGCUCAAAGCAGUGCUACUGAACUCUCGCCUGGAAAAUGUAGCCCACGCCGAGGUCAAAUUCGACUCGGACCUGCCGGAAUUCCGAACCAGCGGUGGAGUCAAUGCCGGAUCCGCAAAAAAUGAAUUCUACGUUCAACCGGUGAUGUGGGUCAAAGCACUGGACAUGGUCUUGGAUCGGCUGGUGGUGCAGGGUGGGGACCUGAGCAUGGUUGCUGCCGUUAGCGGAUCGGCACAGCAGCACGGUUCGCUGUAUUGGUCCCGAAGCGGAGUGCAGACGUUGCGCAGCCUGGAUGCGGAUAAAUUUUUGCACACACAAAUCGAUGAUUCCGCGUUUACGGUGCACCGGACUCCGAUCUGGAUGGAUGGGACUACGGGCAAACAGUGCGAGGAAAUGGAGGAGGGCGUUGGUGGACGGGAUCGAAUGGUAGAGCUGACGGGGUCCAAAUGCUAUGAAAGGUUUACCGGGCCGCAGAUCCGUAAGGUGUUCCAGCAAAGACCGGAUUGUUACAGGAACACGGAACGAAUUUCGUUGGUUAGCAGCUUCCUGGCGUCUAUCUUUUUGGGGGAUAUCGCUCCGAUUGACUAUGCCGAUGGCUCCGGGAUGAACUUGUUGGACAUUAGAAAACGAGCUUGGUCCGAAGAAUGUUUGGCGGCAUGUGCUCCAAAUUUGGACACGAAGUUGGGAACGCCAGUCCCAACGAAUACGGUUAUCGGAUCCAUUGGGCAGUUCUUCGUCCAGCGGUACAAUUUCAAUACGGCUUGUAAGGUUGUAGCAUUUACUGGGGACAAUCUAUCGGCUCUAUCUGGGAUGGUCAUCGGAGACGAUUGGUUGGCGAUUUCCUUGGGCACUAGUGAUACAAUUAUGAUGAAAAUCAAGGAACCUUCGAAUCUGCAGGACGGCCACGUUUUGCUGCACCCAACGGAUUUCGGAUACAUGGGAUUGCUUUGUUUCCGAAACGGCUCCCUGGUUCGAGACAUCUUCAAACGUGCCGAAGCUAACGACAACUGGGAAAAUUUCAGCGAGCUGCUGGACUCGACUCCCCGAGGCAACUUCGGAAACAUGGCCAUUCACUUUAUUUCCAAGGAAAUUAUUCCACCUGCCAAGGGAUCGCUGCGUUGGAACAAAUCGUCCAAUCUCGAAGAUUCGGAGCUGGCACGUGGGGUACUGAAAUACAGCUCGCCACAAACGGAAAUUCGAGCGCUGAUCGAGGGACAAAUGCUCAACCGGAAAACAUAUGCUGCCGAAAUGGGUUUCUCGUUUGGAGAGAACACUCGAAUUCUGGCCACCGGAGGAGCCUCCGCCAACAAAUCAAUCUUGCAGGUCUUGUCGGACGUAUUCAACGCUCCCGUCUACACCCAACAAACGACCGAAGCUGCCCUCGUUGGGGCAGCUUAUCGAGCAAAAUAUGUGCUGCAGAAGACUCGAGCCAAAGAUUUGAUUCCCUACUUCGACUAUAUUCGUUCGUUGCUUCCGGAACACAGUGUCAAUCGGGUGUGCGACCCGGCUCAGGAUAGUAGCGAAAUCUACGAUCAAAUGUUGGAGCGCUACCAUCAGAUGGUGAAAUACAUGAUGGAUCAUCAGGACUGAACUUCUUUUUGAAAAAAAAAACAAUACAACUGAAAUCCCCGUACUAAGGAACAAACCAAAAUUUUACCAACAUUAAUCUCCCGAAGGGCUUUCUUUUCUUGGACUUAACAAAACGGGCACGAUAAUUCAGCUUAGCGAACGCAUCCAUUCCAACCGACUUAGUGCUGUUUUUAUUACUUAAAAAUUGUUAUCGCAUCACUGAAAUUUUACAUUAGAUAAUAUGUGUAGCUUUAUUUAAAUUCUCUUAAAAAUGUAAGGAAUAAUAAAGUUUGGUUAGCGCUAUUGCUGCUAGAGAUAAUCGCUAAAGUUUAAAGGUCAAAAUGAAA